CGCCGCGAGAAGGAGCAGCAUGAGCCGCGAUUUCAAACCGGGAGACCUGAUCUUCGCCAAAAUGAAAGGCUAUCCCCAUUGGCCAGCCCGGGUUGAUGAAGUUCCUGAUGGAGCAGUGAAACCACACAAUAAAAUGCCUAUAUUCUUUUUUGGCACUCAUGAACGUAAUGCAUUUUUGGGACCAAAAGAUAUAUUUCCCUAUACUGAAAAUAAAGACAAAUAUGGCAAGCUAAAUAAAAGGAAGGGCUUUAAUGAAGGAUUGUGGGAAAUUGAGAACAAUCCCAAAGUUAAAUUUUCCAGUCAGCCGUCUCAGCCAUCAAUUAACACUACAGUUGUUAAAGAAACAGAUCAAGAAGAAAGCAUAGACACUACAGAAGAAAAUGAACAAAAAAUGGGUCCCAAGCGAAGAAAAUUAACAGCUCUUAUUAAAGGAUCUGCUAAACCAGACAAUGAAACUUCUGAAGCUGAAAUUGAAGAAAAGGAACUGGAAACUUUAAAAGAUGAUGAUUCUCCAGAAAAACCUAGCAGUGAAGAUAUGAAUAAAACAAGUGAUACGUCAGUCCCUAAAGUUGCUAGAAGGGGGAGAAAAAGAAAGGCUGAAAAACAGGCAGAAGUAGAAGAAGCAGCAGUGGUGGUGGCAGGAGCAACAGCAACAAUUACAGCUCCAAAAGCUAGUCCUAAAAGAGGAAGGCCUGCUGCUACUGAAAUAAAAGUUCCGAAACCAAGAGGGAGACCCAAAUUGAUAAAACCACAUUGUCCUCCAGAGGGUGACAGUAUUCAUGAGGAAGAUAGGGGUAAGAAAAAGAGUGUUGAAGAGAAGCCACCCAAAAAACAGCAGAGAAGAGAUGACGAGAGUCAAAAAGAGGAGGACAAAAUUAGAAAAGACCCAGAUAAAAAGGAAAAAAAAGACACAGACCUGAAAAGGAAAAAUACUACUAAAGUGGGAUCAGCAUCUGCCUCUGAUAGUGAAGACGAUGGAGAAGAGCAAGAAGGGAAUAAAAAGAAAAAAGGAAGAAAUGUUCAAGGAUCGCAUAGAAGAAACAUUUUAAAAGGCCAGCAUGAACGUGAAGUAGCAGAAAGGAAACGUAAACAGGAAGAACAAAUGGAGGGAGAAUCGCAGAAUAGAGAAGAAUGCAAGAAACCAGAAAUUAAGAAGAUAGAGAAAAAACGAGAGACGUCAAUGGAUUCUCGGCUCCAAAGGAUACAUGCAGAAAUAAAGAAUUCACUCCAGAUUGAUCAUCUUGAUGUGAACAGAUGCAUUGAGGCUUUGGAUGAACUUGCAUCACUUCAAGUUACAAUGCAACAAGCUCAGAAGCAUGCAGAAAUGAUUUCCACACUCAAAAAAAUACGAAAGUUUAAGGUUAGCCAGAUUAUAAUGGAAAAAUCCACUAUGCUCUAUAAUAAAUUCAAGACUAUGUUUCUUGUUGGGGAAGGCGAUUCUGUUCUUUCACAAGUACUAAAUAAGUCAUUAGCUGAGCAAAAACAGCAUGAAGAAGCAAACAAAACCAAAGAACAGUGGAAGAAAGGAUCAAACAAGAAAUCUGAAAAAGACAAAGAACAAACAGGCACAAAGGUAAUGAAUGGUGCUUCUGAAGGUCAAGAUACAAACCAGUCACAACAAAAUGGGGAUACCACAGAUGAAAAAAAAGAGAAGCUAGAUUCUGGCAAUAAGAAAAAGAUGUCUAGUGAUGGAAGAGAGCAAGAAAAGACGAAGGGUUCCACCGCUGAAAAUGAAUAAAGGAAACAUAAUUUUUUGUAAAGUACAUAUUAAAGAGGACUUAAGGGUUGGCAGCUAGAGAAUGCUAUAACUUUUAAAUAAUUUUAUAGGCAUAAUUUUUUAAUGUGUACAAUUUGUGAGGGGUAUGUAAAGUCAAGGUAAACAUUUUUUCAAAGUAUUUAAACAUCCUGAUAGCAUUUGGCUCAGUAUUAAUAAUCAAAAUAGUUCAGAUGAAAAGAUCAUAUUCUUUUAGAGAUUUAAAAGUGUUUAUAUGUUUCAGGAUUAGUUCUAUAGUAACUUUACUGACUACUAUAUGUUUUACCUUUUGAUUAAUGAUAAGAAAAGUAACUUUUCUUUUAAAUUGCCAAAAUGCUCUACUUGUAUAAAUCUAUUUUACCCAUGUUUUUCUGUGUAUAGUUUUCAGAGUUGUUGUUUGCCAAAGUGUCGGUUUACUGUGUUUUGUAAGAAGCUGAACAAAUUUUGUAGCAUUGGAGAAGUUAUGUAUGAGUAUAUUCGUCUGGUUUAUUAAAAAAGAAGCUAGUUUUGUUCUUUGGAGGUAAUUGUGCCAAUUUAAUAUGCUUUGAUUUCCUGCUUUCUGUAUUCUUGAUACUGUACUAAAGAUGCUCAUGUAUCUCAGUCGGCAUUGAUGCACAUUGGUCAUAACAUAUUGUCUUAAAACCAUUUUUUAAUUUUAAAAAACCUUCUACAUUUUAACUGGCAAUAUCUCAGUUGAUUCCAGCCUUAGUGACCAACUAUUGCUAUAUCAAAGUUAUAUUCCCACAAUGACGUUUAAAAUAUUGCUCUUAAAACUUCUUUUAACAGAUUGGGUCUCGCUAUAACAUUUAAGGACAGUUAAAACUGUACAACCUGAAGUAUUUCUCAAAUGAGUCAACCAAACUAGGCAACCAUCUCUCACUUUCCCCUCCAUUUUGAUCCUUGUUGCUCCUUACCAGGUUAGAAUAACAAAAUAUCAAAUUAUAGUGAUUAAGGUCAUAUAUUUUGCUUAAUGGCAAAUUUGGAGAUUUCAAUCCCAAUGUCUCUUUGGGGAAAUAUUUAAGUACUCUUUUGGGGUUCAUUUUCACAAGGUAAAAAAACCAUUGAAGUAUUUGUAUUGUAAUUGACAGCAAAAGUAUUUAACAAAGUAAGUGUACUUUCCUAGUUGAUGGUUAAAAUUCUAUUCUUUUCUGUGAGAAAUGUACAUGUAAUCAAUACCAUAUAGACAUCCAGGGAUCAAACUUGCUGCGUGACAUCAUCAUGUGAUAUAUGGCAACUUUUUCCCUCUUCACUAAAAUGGGGGUCAGUGUAGCUAGCACAUGUCACAUCCUGCCCACGGGAUAUGAAUUUGACAACUGCUAUCGAUUGUACUGCAGAACAUACAGAUGUGUGUGUAUACAUCUAUGCCAGAAAAAAACAGCCUGCCCACUGAAAACAAUGCAAUAGGGAAUAUGAUAUUUUAUAGUUAUAAUCCAAUAUUUUACAUUUAUUUUAAUUAAGAUUAUUGUGACUGGGGAACUAAAGCACUGAGCUUGAUUGUCACAUGAACACAUCUGUAUUUCUUGAGGCAAAAAUUGCAUUCUAUUUCAAACCUCUUUGCAUUCCUUGAAACUAGUUACUCUAAUGUUGCUACAAGGACAGCAGGUGGCACUAUUACAUUUAAAAUAAUUGUAAUAUAGAUCACAAAGCACUUUUUGAUGCUACAGUAUUUUAGAACUUUCAAUGUGGAAAUGGGAUUAUGGUUAGCCUUAACAUAAUCACAUUUAGGCUGUAAAUGCUGAAACUCCUGGUUAUAGUGGAAAACUUUGGAGACACUUUUAAGAACCCAUGUGCUUUUGGCUAGAAUACA